GUGUGAGAGAGAGAGAGAGAGAGAGAGAGAAAGAGAGAGAGACAGGUUUGACUGUGUGUAUUUCAGUCAGUGUGUGUGAAGCUCGGGGAAGAGCUGCAUCUGUUUCUCUCUCCAUCUUUUUUCUUUUUUGACUUCAAUUUUUUUUACGGCUCAUAAUUAACAUCACAAUUUAUUCAAACUGGAGACGCGGGAAGCGCUUCGCGGAAUAAUCUCGUUUGUUCAGUUCUGUGACGGUUAGUGACGGUUGGGCGCUCAACUCGCGCGCGGAUCUGAAUCAUGUGAAGCGCCGCAGACUGAACCGAAACCGAACCCGAACAGAGAGGAAGCGGAACCCUGGAUCGAUCAAACCCUGAUCCCUGCCGGACUGAUCGAGCUGAUCGGAUGGAUUGAUCCAGAGCGCCAGGAUGAGCAUGAGAGGUCUUCAGGAAGUCCUCACUCAGGUCCUGCUGCUGGUUCUCCUCCUGGGAUCUCCAGCACAAUCCAGGGAACAUCAAAUGGUGCGGAUGGGAACGUGUGAGGUGGUGGCCUUACACCGAUGCUGCAAUAAGAACAAGAUCGAGGAGCGUUCGCAGACCGUCAAGUGCUCGUGUUUCCCGGGACAAGUGGCAGGAACCACCCGAGCGGCUCCGUCCUGCGUAGACGCCUCUAUCGUCCAGCAGAAGUGGUGGUGUCAGAUGCAGCCGUGUCUGGAUGGAGAGGAUUGUAAAGUGCUGCCGGAUCUCAAAGGAUGGAGCUGUGCUACGGGGAAUAAGAUCAAGACCACAAAGAUCUCCUCAGACCGGGAUCAGCUCUGGUGACCGCUGGAACCUGAUUCAGGUGAGCCGGCCUUCAUCAUCAUCAUCAUCACGAACAACA